UUCCUCGGGUUCCUGACGUGGUGGCUGGGGCCUUUCAUUCUCGGACUUUCCCUCGGCCUUUCCAGGCCUCGCCCGGAGGCGGGAGUGGAGACGGCGCCCGGGGCUGGCAGCUCUGGUGCGGAGGGGCUGCGCCGGCCGCGGCUGUGAAGGCGCUGCGGCGGUUGUGGAGAGCUCGGCGCGGCUCUAGGGCUCCGGCGGCGGGGACGCGACGGGAUGGCUGCGGCCGGCGGCGGCGGGGCGGCGGCCGGGCGAGCCUACUCGUUCAAGGUGGUGCUUCUGGGGGAAGGCUGCGUGGGAAAGACGUCGCUGGUGCUGCGCUACUGCGAGAACAAGUUCAACGACAAGCACAUCACCACUCUGCAGGCAUCAUUCUUAACAAAGAAGUUAAAUAUUGGUGGGAAAAGAGUAAAUCUUGCUAUAUGGGAUACAGCAGGUCAAGAGAGAUUCCAUGCAUUGGGUCCAAUUUACUACAGAGAUUCAAAUGGAGCUAUUUUAGUUUAUGAUAUAACAGAUGAAGAUUCUUUUCAGAAGGUUAAAAACUGGGUCAAAGAAUUACGGAAAAUGUUGGGAAAUGAAAUCUGUUUAUGUAUAGUUGGUAAUAAAAUAGACUUGGAGAAGGAGAGACAUGUUUCCAUUCAAGAAGCAGAAUCGUAUGCAGAAUCUGUGGGAGCAAAACAUUAUCAUACUUCAGCCAAACAGAACAAAGGAAUUGAGGAACUCUUUCUUGACCUUUGUAAAAGGAUGAUAGAAACGGCACAAGUGGAUGAAAGGGCAAAAGGCAAUGGCUCCAGUCAACCAGGAGCUGCAAGGCGAGGUGUACAAAUUAUUGAUGAUGAACCUCAAGCCCAGAGCGGUGGCGGAGGGUGCUGUUCUUCUGGAUAACUGUUCACCCCUAAGGAAUAAAAAAACAAACUGUGGAUCCUUGCCCUCAACACAAAGACUGCCAUAUUCCAAGUCACAUUAUUUUACCAAUGGAAUUAGAGAGUUAACAGUAUUUUAAAUUACGUUUAUAACACUGCAGAGACCUUAAGUGCUAAACUUAGUGGGGUUCAUGACCAGAGAAUUGGCAUUUUCUACACAUGUUAACAAAGCAAUUACCAAUGGCCUUUUUACACAUUUUU